UUCUGUUUUAGUUACUGUGAUAUGGUUUAGUUUUUCGCGGUUAAGAAAUUCUCUAUAGUUGGAAAUUACCUCACAAUUGUAAAAAAGCAUCAGAAUUGGGGUUAUGAAAGUAACUAAUAUUUCGUUUUGAGCUGUUAAAAUUAAAAAAAAUGAAAGCCAUAACUCUAGGAAUACAAUGGCUCUAGAAACUAUAAUUUCUUCAAUCGCAUGUUGAAGGUCCAUAAGCUGCAAAAUGAAGGCCCCAACAAUAAAUCGAGCGCUUUUUCCUCUGAAAAUUGUAUUGUUUUGCUGGUAUGGAGCUUCUUCUUCACUUAUACCCUACAUGACAAUACACAUGAAGGAACUCGGAAUAACAGUGGAAGAAACUGCUAUUAUCUACACGUUCCUCCCUGUCACACAGUUAUUCUGCACGCCACUAGCUGGAAUGAUAGCUGAUAAGCUGGGACGCUAUAAAGACGUUUUGAUGUUAUCUGUUCUAUCGUCAGUGGCAUUUGCUACAGCAAUUUUAUUUGUCCCGCCGGCUCCGGAUCCAAGAGUAGAGCAUCCAGAUAUAGAUCUACAUUGUUCACCUGUAGUUUUACCACAUGUAGUGGUAGAAAAAUGCUGGGGAGGACCGUGCAAUGUGUUUUAUACAAAUCAAAGUAAUCCUAUGAGGUUAGAAGGAUGUAGUGUUUAUUGUCCAGGACUAAUCAAUAAAGAAUUUUCAGCAGCAGAUGAGCUAUGUAACAAAAAUGACAGCCAUUGUUUCAUAGGUAAUGAUCUCAGGUAUCCAUUAAUCGAAAGCAAUUUUACUUUACGAUUGAAUUUGCGCAACCCUUACCCAGAAAGAAAUACCUGCCUGUAUCCUGUGGACGGAGUAACUCCAGUUCUUCCUGACUAUACAUACUCAGAAGAAAAUAUACUUCAGAGCAUCUGUCCGGUUGUUGUCAAUAAAGCUGGAAGCAACUGUACAAUCAAAUGCUCCUUUCUUCAACUACCUGAUGAUGAAAACGGGACCUUCCCUCACAUCAACAGAUGCGUCCGCACAACAGGAAAUCGUGUGCUAACAUUCUGGCUAUAUUUUAUCCUCAGAAUUUUAUUCAAUAUUUUUGCAUCGAUUUGUCUUACUCUAUUGGAUGCUACUGCUUUAGCAAUGGUUGAAGCACAUGGAGGGCAAUACGGUAGACAAAGAUUCUGGGCUAUUCUUGCACAAGCUAUUUUUUCUCCAGUGACAGGAUUUUUAGUCGAUUUGCUCAGUGAACAUAAAGGAUAUAUGGAUUAUUCUCCUGCAUUUCAUUUUUAUAAUGUACUGGCUGUUUGUACUGCCAUUGCGGUGUGGUGUAUGAGUGUUGAUGUGCCGCCUCCAGCAGAGAAUGUAAUUAAAAAUUUUCGAAAGCUGCUGAAGGUUCCACCUGUAAUUGCGCUGAUGGUAGUGGUGUUUUGGCUAGGCGCAAUGUGGGGUUUUGUAGAAUCUUUUCUCUUUUGGUACCUUCUAGACCUGGGAAGCCCGAACUUUCUUCUAGGACUUACUCUAACGACGGGUGCUGUUGUUGGCCUACCAUUUUUGUAUGAGUCUGAUUGGUUCGUCAGAAAAGCAGGACAAGUUAACCUCCUAUUGCUUGCUUUGUUGUUUUAUUUCAUCAGAUUCUUUGGCUACUCCUACAUACACAAUCCUUGGUGGUGUAUUCCUUUUGAAGCGAUGGAAGCCUUUACUUACCACCUCAUGUGGGUAGCUGCUGCAACAUAUGGAGCCGAACUUGCACCACAAGGACUCCUGGCGACUAUCCAAGGCUGUGUCGGAGGCUUACAUUAUGGUGUUGGUCGUGGCUCUGGAAGUUUUGCUGGUGGCACUCUUAUGAGCCAUUUUGGUGCCAGGUUAGCAUUCAGAGUCAUGGGGAUUGCUGCUGGCGUCAUGCUCUUCGUUUAUGGUUUAGUCUACUAUGGAUGGUUAAGAAAAAGAGGAGACAGAGACAAGAGAAAACCCGUCUCGCACGAAGUAGAACUAAGCAGUGGAAACAUCGUCUCUAACAACGCUGCAGAAGUCAUAACCUACACCAAUGGCGCUACUUCCAACCAAGACCAAAGCCGUUUGGAGAUACAAGUAAAUAGCAAGCACAUGUCAUCUGAUGGUGAAAUUCACCGUCCAGAAAGCAAUGAAAACGAAGAUCAACAUGAAUGAGCAUGCAUAAUGAAUAUGAUGUUUCAUCAUCAACAAGAGCUCAUAAACUAUGAGAAAGUUUCAUUGGGUUAAAAAAACAUUCAUAAUUGAAGUUUAGCAGUGUUCUCCAUCAUGAACGUUCUAUCAUCUCAGACACAAAACAGGCAUCAAAAUUAAGAAAUAUUUUCUCGAUACUCUGAUGAGUGUUGUAGAUAAUAGUAACUUCAGGGGCAAAAUACCAACUCGAUAUGAAUCCAAUGAUAUUAUAUUCAUACACAUUGAUGGAGAAAAAUCAAUUUUUCACUCACGAAGUUAGAAACUAUAGCUGAACAUUUUAGCAUAACUAUGUAUAGAUAUUCAUUUUAUUAGAUUUUUACAAUAAUGAAAAACGUUUGUAUUUAAUUAAAAUAUGUCUUUAAAUCUUAUGUAAACUAAA